AUGUUCGCGGUGGGCGCGCGCAUCUGGGUGAAGGAUGAGGAGGAGGCGUUUGUGGAGGCGGUGGUUACGGCAGUGAAUGGCGAUGCUAUCGAGGCAGACGUGAUCGGCCGCAAGGGGCCUCUGGCGAAGGCGCACCUGGAGGCAUCAGAAUGCCACCACAAGGAGGAGGACCUGGGGCUCGUGGACGACAUGACCAAGCUCGCCCACCUGCACGAGCCUGGUGUGCUGCACAACCUUGCCACGCGCUACCAAAAGAACCUCAUCUAUACGUACACGGGCAGCAUCCUGAUAGCAGUGAACCCGUUUGUGCGCCUGCCGGCGCUGUACCACCCGAUCAUGAAGAUGCAGUACCGUGGGGCACAGCUGGGCGAGCUGGGGCCGCAUGUCUUUGCCAUCGCCGACCAUGCUUACAGGUCGAUGCUGGACACGGGGCAGAGCCAGUCGGUGCUGAUCAGUGGGGAGAGCGGGGCGGGCAAGACGGAGACGACCAAGCUGGUCAUGGAGUACCUGGCGGGGCUGGGGGACACGGGCCAUGACGGCAGCAAGGGCGCGCCCAAGAACGAGGCCAUGAUUGCCUCUCAGCUCUGCGUGUCCCGAGUGCUCGAGUCCAAUCAAUUGCUGGAGUCCUUUGGCAACGCCAAGACAGUGCGCAACAACAACUCCAGUCGCUUUGGCAAGUUCAUAGAGAUCCAGUUCGAUGCAGCGGGGUGUGUGUCGGGUGCAGCCAUUCGCUCGUACCUUCUAGAGCGGUCCAGAGUGGUGCAGAUCAGUGACCCCGAGCGCUCCUACCACUGCUUCUACCAGCUCAUCUAUGGGGCCACGGCCGAGGAGGCCGAACUUUUCAAGCUGCCCACGACUGGCGAGCGAGGCAAGCAGUUCCGGUAUUUGAGCCAGAGCGAAUGUUUUGAGCUGCCCGACAGCUGCAGCAACGCGGAGGAGUACCGCAAGACACGGCACGCCAUGGAAGUCAUGGGCUUCACUCAUGAGGAGCAGAUGGGCAUUCUGCGGCUGCUAGCGGCCAUUCUGCACCUGGGCAAUGUGCUGUUCCAAGAGGGUGAUGAACCCCCACCGCAGCUGGCAGGGGAGCAGUCAGAAUUCCACCUCACCACUGUGGCCGAACUCCUGGGCGUGCCCAAGGAGCCGCUGCUGGAGUCAUUGGUGACAUACACGCGCAAGGUGGGCCGGGAGGUGUUCAAAAGCCCGCUCAAGCCACAGGCCGCCGCUACCAAGCGCGACACACUCGCCAAGACACUUUACUCCAAGCUCUUUGACUGGAUCGUGGCGAAGGUGAACGAGAGCAUAGGGCAGGACCCCACGUCCACCAUGCUCAUUGGCGUGCUCGAUAUCUACGGCUUCGAGCACUUCAAGACCAACAGCUUUGAGCAGUUCUGCAUCAACCUCGCCAAUGAAAAGCUCCAGCAGCAUUUCAAUGCUCAUGUGUUGAAGAUGGAGCAGGAGGAGUACACGCGCGAGCAGAUCGACUGGAGCUAUGUGGACUUCACAGACAACGAGGACGUGCUGGAGCUCAUUGAAGGGAAGCAAGGCAUUCUCAGCACACUGGACUCCACCUGCAAGACGCCCAACUCCACCCCCGAGACGUUCAGUCGCACGCUGUACAAGCAGUACGAGGCACACGAGCGCUUUCUCUUUGGCAAGAUGUCCAAAACCGACUUUACAAUCCACCACUACGCUGGACAGGUGAAGUAUCUAACAGACGAGUUCCUGGUGAAGAACAUGGAUGCAGUGGUGCCGGAGCACGAAACACUGCUGGGCCACUCGGAGCAUGCCUUCAUCGCUCAGCUCUUCCCCCUCGAGGCCGAGGCCAGCAAGGCCGCCUUCAACUCCCUCGGAAAGAGGUUCAAGGAGCAACUGGCAGCACUGAUGCGCACGCUCAACAGCACAGCGCCGCACUACAUCCGGUGUGUGAAGCCCAAUAGCACGCUCAAGCCGGGGGUCUUCACGCGCACUCUCGUAAUGGAACAGCUGCGAUCAGGGGGAGUGCUGGAGGCAGUGCGAGUGUGCUCCAAGGGCUACCCCACGCGGCGCUCCUUUGAGGACUUCAUCGAAAGAUUUGCCUUCCUCGUGCCCUCCGAGCUCUACGACGAGGCGGAGGAUGAUGAGCUGGUGCGGGCGAUUAUGAAGGAGGCAGGCAUUGAGGGAUACCAGAUCGGGCUGACCAAGGUGUUUCUGCGUGCGGGGCAGAUGGUGGUAUUGGAGACGAUGCGGCUGAACCGCAUGGCAGAGGCAGCGCGCAUCAUUCAGAAGUACUACCGGGCAUACAUCUUCCGCCUGCACCGCAAGCGGGCUGCCCAGACCAUCCAGAACCACUGGCGAGGCUACAAGGCGCGCGAACAACUGCGGGAGCUGCGGGAGUACAAGGCAGCACAGACGAUCCAGAAGUACACGCGGCGAUGGAUGCACCGCCGCCGCUUCCUGGACAUGCGCGAGGCGCAGAUCCGCAUCGCUGCCCACGUGCGCAUGCACCAGGCGCGCACCCACUACAUCUUCACCCGCCGUACCCUUGCAGCCACCAAGAUUCAGGCCGUGUGGCGUGGGUACCACCUGCGCAAGCCAUACUGGGCGCUGCGGCGGCGGCUGCAAGUGCGGCUGGGGCAGAGGCGGCUGACCAGAAUGAAGGAGGCGGCAGCAAGGGCGGCGUUACUGGCUCCCCCGCGCACCAAGGUGGAGGCUUCACUGGAGCAGCUGCGCCUCAAAGUGCUGCGCCUGAUGAAGACCAAGGAGGAGAAGAAGCGGAAGGAGCUACAGGAGCAGCUGGACAUAGCCCUAAAGGAGGUAGAAGCCAAGGCCAAGGAGAACGCGCAGCUCACCCAACGCCUCAAGGAGGAGACCGCCCGCGCACACCGUGCAGAGGAAGAGCUCCGAUCCCUCAUCGGCCACCCAGACUACCCCGCUGCUGCUGACGGCGCCGGUGGUGGUGGCAGUGGCGCAUCCCAUCACCACCACUCCGGCCUGCCGCAUGCGUUUUCGAGGGGCGGGGUGAUGCAGUCUCCUGGUGUUGGGCGCCGGUUUGCCAAGGGCGCGUCUCUUGAGGCGGAAAGGGCGGGGGGGAGGGGCGUGUGGGGAGCGGAUGUUGUGCUGCAGCCUCAGCGGCGGCUUCGAGUGGGAGGCUUUGAUAUGCCAGGAUUGAGUGGGUCUGCGAGCGUGGGAGGAGCGGAAGGGAGGGGGCCGAUACAGCGGUCGAAAGCGUGGGCGAGAGUGAAGGCACGGAAGGGUGACGUGCUGCAGAUGAGUGACGAUCCGGAUAUGGCAACUGCUGCUGCGGUCUCCUCUGCUAUGGGUGCUCCAAACGCCGCGUGGGGCAAGAUGUUUAUUCAGAUUGCGCGGCUGAAUGAGGAGUUGGAGAAAUUGAAGGAGGAGAAGGCGGCGGUGGAAGAGAAGGUGAAGGAGGAGCGGGCGAGGAUGGAGGGGAUGGAGCGGAAGGUGGAGGCUUAUGAGGGCACCCUGCAGUCCCAGGAGAGCCUGAUUAAAGAGAUGCAGGGAAGAUGA